AUGAAAAAUUACCCAAUCAAUCCUGAAAUGCUACCACAUGAACAUUAUCACAUCUUCCAUUAUAUGAUUAAAAAAAACCAACAAAUAUCAAUACAAAGUGAAGAAGGUUGUAAAAUCGUUAAAACAUUUUUUUUCAUAAAAAAUUUAUUUGGUAUUUAUGAAUAUAAAAUAGAUGGAUCAAAAUCUUUAAAAAUUUAUAAAUAUCCCGAUAUUAAAUUGAAUACUAUAGAUGAUUCAUAUAUUUCCUCUCAGGAUAUAAAUAGAUGGAAUCCAGCAAAUGAAGAGAUAAAUAUUCAAAUUUGGGCAAAUGGAGAUUCUAUUAACUCUAUAUCAAAUUUAAUUGGAAAUCAUUUUAAAAUUAACAAAUCAACAAAAAAUUUAAAUUUAAUAAAAAUUCAUUUUUCUCAACUAAACAAUAAUGAUUGUGGGGCAUUUUUAGUGGUAUUUCUGGAUUUUUUAAAUAGAAUAACAGAAGAAGAGGAAAAAUUAGUUUUUAAAACAAAUCAAGAUAAAGAAUUAAAAACAAAUCAAGAUAAAGAAUUAGAAAAAUUAUUUUUUACAUCUUAUUGUGGUAAAUCAACAAAAAUUACUCAAGAUAUAGUUAAUAAAUGGAGAGAAAACAUAAAGAAUAUGUUGAUUAGAAAAAUUUAUUUGGAUUUUAAAAUUAUUGAAUAA